AUGCCCUCUCUCCCCCCACCCUCCUCUCUAAAGGAGCUGCCGCAGGAGCAACAAUUCCAGGCCCUCGACACACUGUUCGAGUCAUCGUCAGAGCUUCAUACUCUCAUGGCCCCGGUCCUCGCUAAUCAGACCUUCUCUUCUUAUACAAGCUUGAUCGACGCCGUGGGAGGCCGGAUGUCGGCACUCUCGGCCGCCAACUCACCGACCGAUCGAGACAUCCUCGUGGGAAUUCUCGGAUCACAUCCCCGUCUAGGCCAGCCGAAAACAGCCGCGGCAGAGCACCUGAGCGAACUCAGCAGAAAGGAGCAGGCGAACCUGAAUACCGGCGCGGAAGGCCAGGCAGAAAAGCUGCGGUUGUUGAAUGCCGAGUAUGAAGAGAAGUUCCCAGGGCUACGCUUUGUGACGUUCGUGAAUGGCCGGAGCCGGGACGUGAUUAUGGAGGAAAUGCGCGCAAGGAUUGACCGGGGCGACACUGAGCGGGAAAUUGAGGAGAUUAUCCAGGGCAUGGUUGCAAUCGCGAAAGACCGGGCAGCUUAA